AUGCUUUGUGAAGUAAGAGGGACUUGCUUUGAUGGCGAAUACUCCAUAAAGAACACGAUGUUGCGUCAACACAUCUUCAAAGAAAUGAAGACAUCAAACUCUCUUGAGUGCUUAAUGCUAUGCAAAGAAGAUGUCAGAUGUCAAAGCUUCAAUUAUGUCAUUAACCAGGAUAUAUGUGAACUAAACAACCGUACGAAGGAAGCUGCACCCAAGAAUCUUAUGCAAAACUUCAAAAGAUAUUACGUGGGAUUAGUCACGAACAGAGGCAAGUCAGAUUAAGUAACAACUUACUAUAAAAUGAAAAUUAUUCGUAGUAGCUCUAAUAACACCUCGAAUUCCGGCUCUGGAGAUUCGGGAUCAAGGCUUUGGCUUCACGUUGUUUCCUAAGGGUCGAUCUCGCUUAAUUUUUACUUUCGUACGUGCCUGUAUUGCAUGGGUAGGAAAGGUCACGCCUAGACGCCUCCUUUUUAUUUACGUGCGUAAAAUCACAUGCGUGACAGUAUAAAUUUUUAUUAUAUACAUACUGAGAAAUACUCACCAAAAAGCUAUGUCGUAAAUUUUCGUACGCAAAUUAGUUAUAGCCAAUCAGAGGAGCGAACGAUGGUUUUCACACGUGAAAAAAACGAUACGUCCAAUCAGAAUCGCGAACGAUGUUUUUUCACGUGUGAGAAAAAUGAUACGUCCAAUCAGAAGCCACAGAGGUGUGCGAGUUUCGCGCCAAAAUUCCCGCCUUUUAUUGCAGCUUGCAGCGCCGCUUCGCACACAUUUAUCAACGAGAAAAGUUUUACUCAAGGAGUUUUCUCGCUAAAAAGUGAAAAACAUUUCGGAAAUGGAGUGGAAUAGUUUCGUUUGUUUCACUGUCGAUAAAAAAUAUGGUAGAGAGCCGGCGAAACAACAGCGGAAAGGGAUAAACAGAACGAGACGUAAGCUUUUUGUUCCAUGAAGUAUAUAUCUUUAGCUUUAAAACUUUGCCCUACUCUGCCCCUCUUAGAUCACCCAGGGGUAUAAAUGGUUAUCGGCGAUACACAGCUGGGUUGUAACCCUACGAUAAACUGGCAUCGUGUCCAAGCGGGGGAGAAGAAAUAUUUUUAAUCGUUUCAUGCCUCGGAAAAUUGGAGUACCAGGUUAAGCCAAAUACAUAUAAGAGAGUUAAUUAGAUGUCAGUAAAAACUGUCUUCUUCUUCUUCUUCUUCUUCUUCUUCUUCUUCUUUUUUUUUUUUUUUUUUUUUUUUCCUUUUAUUAUUAUUAUUGUCUCCUACACUUCUUCAAACACAGCCCCAAGGGCAUCCUUGGAGACCCAGGGGCGGUCGGUCAGGUCGGACGAACGGCGUCGAAAGUCUUAAAGAACGGGUGAGAGAGCCGCCGGGAUGCCAUUCUCAACGAACCAAUUCUACGACUUAUUCGAAUGCUAGUCUCUGAUUGGGCACCAAAAAUAUUUUUGUGCCCAAUCGGAGGCAAGCAUCUGUCGCUCUGUCUUUGUGAUUUUCUUAUACGAAGAAGUUUACCUGUAAACUCGACUCUUUACCACACCUGUCUGGCUCCUGCGUGGGAGCUUUCUUCGAGAAGAAUUUUUCAGUGCAAAUAGGGCCCACAAAACCGAAGAUAACCCAUAAUUUAGCAUGUAAGGUAAGAUUUCCGUAUAACCGCAUACAUUUGUCAUGCAUAUAUGUUUCGAAUCUAUUCAUAUUAACUAUUUGAGAGAAGAAGUAUGAAAUUGUUGCCUGCAUAAUAAAUUUAUGGGGUUAUAUGGAAAUCUCACCAAACUUAAAAUGCACGAACCGAAGAAAUCAGAAUGUGGAUUGAUGAAAGGUAAAGGUAGGUACUCUGGAGUACCUGUAGGCUUGUUCAUGCAACUCUACUCUACCAGUUUCGUUCGAUCCUCUUGUGUCACGAAGGAGACAUACCGUAAAAUUCCGAAAAUAAACCCCUCGAUGUAUAAGCCCCUCCAAAUAUAAGCCCCCCAAACUUGUAACGCAAAAAACCCUUCGUUAAAUCGCCCCUCCAAAUAUAAGCCCCCCGGGGGCUUGUACUUGUAAAUUUCCGUCAAAUACAAAGUAAAACAAAGAAAAACAGUUAAUUUCCUUCCAAGAAGAAGGCUAGCCCAAUCGAUUUUUAAACGCAAAUUUCCCUCCGUACAUAAGCCCCUCCCAAUAUAAGCCCCUCCAAAAAUAAGCCCCUCAAAAAUGGCCUUUGAAAAAUACAAGCCCCGGGGCUUAUUUUCGGAAUUUUACGGUAUUUAACAACAAACGUACAAACGUCAAGUUGAUCUUUCAGCAGACGAUUCGCAACGACGAUUUUUAGCUCAAUAAACACAGCGUUGGAAUGUUGGAACAAUGUUGUAACCAUUUGAAACAAUGUAGCAGAAAUGUUGUGAUGCUGCAUCGUCGUUUCGAAUCACCUUUAAAAGUCGAAGAAUGCCUGACAAGUACGCCGAGCAGGCGUAAGCAGCCAGGUACAAGAUUUCGCGCGCAAAUGUUUUAAUGACUUUUAAUCGGUACGUAUAAUUAGAUUAAGAGAAGAACGUAGAAUCUCAGGAGCUCUCGCACCCAUUCUUGAAAUCUUUCGCCACCGUUUAUCCCGACUGACUGACCGUCCCUGGGUUUCCGAGGUUGCCCUAAGCGAUACUGUUUGUCCUCUCUAGUUCCCCUAGGUUCUAUUCCUGAGUUACCCGCCCAUUCUUGCAAAGAGAUCAAGGAGAGUGAAGGAGAGCAAGCUGUUAGCGGUAAAUACUGGUUUGAUUCCAUUAGACCUUGGAAGACCAUUCUUGCUCACUGCGACAUGAACACUAAAGGUGAUAAA